CGUGUCGUGAUGAUGUUUACAGUUGGCCCCCCAGAAAAGCAAGCCACAGUCUACUUGGACAAAGACCAGCUCGACCGCGAAACCAUUAAGCAAAUCGAGGCGAUCAAUGCCCACGAAUCGGUCACGAAUGUCCGGAUCAUGCCCGACGUCCACAAGGGCAACGGGUGCUGUGUCGGGUUUACGAGCAAGUUGACCGGUUCGGUCUUGCCUGGGCUCAUUGGCGGAGACAUUGGCUGCGGCAUCGCCAUGCAUCCGCUUCCGUCGUCCCUGCUGAGCAAGAAGAACGCCCUCACCAAACUGGACAAAGUUAUCCAGCGUCAUGUCCCCAUGGGCAACGGCUACGACCGCGUCCAUGCGACACCCCUCAUGCAGCCAUCGCAGUACGCGACGUACUUUGCCCUGGCCCAGCAAGACGCCACGUCAUUCGCGACGGCGUUCGAAACUGCCUUUAACCUCGACAUACGUCCACACAUGCCCACGUACUCGUUCGAGUGGUGGAGGUCGCGAUGCGAUGUGCUGGGGUCGAAUUUCGACUACGAUUUGCGGUCGUUGGGAACGUUAGGGGGCGGCAAUCACUUUGUUGAAAUCAACGACGGCCACGACGGGGGCGGCUACAUCACGGUGCACACUGGCUCGCGCAACUUUGGCCAGCGUGUGGCUCGGUUCCAUCAGGGCGGGGGGUCAACUGAUCGAACUCGCAAUGUACUACUCGACGACAACAACACUCACGACAGUCCCAGACGACCCAGCCGCGCACUGCAUGGAGCGGCAGCCAGCGCCUACUUUUUCGACAUGAUUUGGGCACAAACGUACGCCAGCAUGAACCGCCGCGCAAUCUUAUCGGUGGUGCUGAACGCAGUGGGCGUCGAGUUUGACGAAGCCAGCAUUGUGGAAAGCGUGCACAAUUACAUUGACUUUCGGGACUUGGUCAUUCGAAAAGGAGCCAUUCGAUGCCACGCUGGCGAGCGGUGCGUGGUGGCCCUCAACAUGCGCGAUGGAGUCUUGGUCUGCGAAGGCAAAGGCAACACCGCGUGGAACAUGUCGGGGCCCCAUGGCUGCGGCCGCAUUCGAUCGCGCCAAGCCAUGCAGCUGCACUAUGGAAGCGCCGUAAACGCGGCCAUGCGGCGAUUCCGACAAGAGAUGGGAGAUGUUGAGUCUACGUGCAUUGUACCUGAGACGCUGGACGAGCGACCGUCCGCGUAUCGCAGCGCAGACGUGAUUGAACAAGCCCUGCGAGACACAGCCUCGGUGGUUUUUCAUGCAAAAACGCUCUUGAACGUCAAGGGCUACUGAUGUACACCUUGGACAACGUUUAAAAGCUACUACAGUCAAGUCUGUAAUGUGCGACGCCGCCGAUACUAUUUGCCGGGGGUCACCGCAAUUAGACCGAUUUCGAGCUUUCGAUUGCUAGUUGUUAAUGAAAUAUACAUGUACCAAAGGUAUGCCGUCGUGCUCCUCAUCCGAUGGCGUGCGUGUACUAGGUAAAUGGA